AUUCAAAGCCCUGACUCCCUCUCAAGCCUUUCUGUUCUUACAGCCAUGGACGAGCGCCCAGCAAAGCGCACGAAGCGCACAACCAGCGCCGCCAUGUGGGAUGAGGACGAGAAGACGGAUUCGCGGCCGAGUUCGAGCGGACGGGACCACAAGCCCAAGGCGCGCGACGGCCGGGACGAGGACCGCCGCGGACCCAGACGAGACGAUGACCGCAGAAGGAGAUCGAGGUCGCGAGACACCCCCGACAGACGGAGGGAGCGGAGUAGGUCUAAGGAGAGGGCGGCACCACGUGAACGAGAUCGGGACCGGGACCGUGACCGCGACAGGAACAGGGACAAGGAGCGGGAGCGGGAGCGUGAUCGAGAUCGCGAUCGAGACAGAGGGGGUGGAGGUGGGCGGGACCGGGACGUCAAUGGCCACGGCCGGCGAGAGAGGAGCAGGAGUCGUGACAGGCAUCGAGAUUCGAAAGACUACCGAGCUGAACGCUCACACCGACGCUCACGAUCACGCUCACCGGCCAGGAACAGUGGUCGGGAUGCGGUGCGCACACGCUCUCCUCUUCGACGCAGUGAUCACGAUCGGACCAGGCCUCGAGACCGGAACAAGCCCGACGAUGAAGCAUCAAGGGCGCCCGACCCCAGAGAAAAGGAGACGACGGCACAGCCCGAUAAGCCUGUGACCAAUGGUGACGCUAUGGCCGUCGACGAAGAUGACGAAGACGCCCUACUGAGGAAGAUGAUGGGGUUUACCAUGUUCAAGUCGACGCAGAAUACGAAGGUGCCUGGUAACCAGAUCUACGGCGUGAGGAAGGAAAAGAAGACGACUUACCGGCAGUACAUGAAUCGUGUCGGUGGAUUCAACAGACCGUUGAGUCCGUCGAGGUGAUGGAUUGGCGGAUCAGUGCUAGGGCUAUCUGCGAGGGCUGGCUACCUGCGUGUAUUAUCAGAUUACGGGGACAGAUGAGUUUGGGGGGGAACACAGCCGAGAAUUCUAGCAGAUUGCAGCAGACUCAAAAGAGUACUUUCAGCUUCAUGCAUGCUUCACUCUCUGGUAUCUAUCAGCUGGUGGGCAAAUGCCCCACAACCCUAACGCUGUUGUUUUACAGAUUGAUGAAGAGUCCAGCCACGACCAAAAAGGCAUAGAAGCACAAUCUUUCCAUCGGGGAGUUGAGCCAAGCGUCCAUACGACCUGAUGCCGCAUUCGCGGCGGAAUUGGCUGAUCCACCCUGCCCACCCUGCCCACUCGACCCUCCCGAUCCGCCCUGCUUCGUGGCGGUGGCAGAAGCGGCUGCAGCAGAA